CGUCGGGUAAAUGCGGGCCGAGACGAGCGGUGGUUAAAUGCGAGGCCGACGGUGAGGUGAGCAGCAGCUUCGUACCUAGUUAUCCACUGGAAGACGGCCAAGGAGUCACCACAGCAACCAACAGCAAGGCUUCCAUAGGUACGGAUUAGCACCAUCACCACCACCCAAGGUUCCGUUCCGCUCCACCCACCCACCAUGGCCUCCGCCCACCUAGCCGCCGAAGCAAACCGUCCCUCUCCCGCGCACCCCUUGGCCAGCAACCCGCUCCUUACACGCAGCGACCUGGCACGCGCGUGCGUCUCUCUGCUCGCGCCGCUCAGCGCAGGCACGUCGCCGGGCGGGGCGCUCGUGCGCGUCGGCCACACCGGCACGCGCUUCGACGAAGUGGCGGCGCAGGUCGAGGGCUAUGCGCGGCCACUGUGGGGGCUGGCACCACUGAUUGCAGGGAAGCACGGUCCUGACAUCGCGGGCUCCGACGCCCUCGUCGACCGCUAUGUGCGCGGCUUGGUGUCGGGGACGGAUCCGUCCGGCCCCGAGUUUUGGGGCUGGAUGCAGGACCAGGACCAGCGUAUGGUCGAGGCUUGCCCGAUUGGGUUUGCGUUGGCCGUCGCGGGCGAUGCGUUUUGGAAGCCUUUGGGGGAGCAGGAGAGGGGGAAUGUGGAGCGCUGGUUGGGGAGUAUGAAUGAGAGGGAGAUGCCGAAUACGAACUGGCUCUGGUUCCGCGUCUUCGCCAACCUGGGCCUCGCCCACAACGGCGCGGCCCACAGCCCCAGCCGCAUCGAAGCCGACCUCGCCCACCUCGACACCUUCUACCGCGGCCGCGGCUGGUCCAACGACGGGCCAGCCGGGUACACGCAAAUGGACUACUACAGCAGCUCGUUCGCGAUCCACUACCUGCAACUGCUGUACGCACAACUCGCCGGGUCGCGCGACCCGGUCCGCGCGGCCGAGUACCGCGCGCGCGCACGCACCUUCGCCCUCGACUUCGCGUACUACUUCGACAGCGCGGGGCGGGCCAUCACCUUCGGGCGCAGCCUGACGUACCGGUUCGCGAUGGCAGGGUUCUGGGCGGCGAUCGCGUUCAGCGGCACCGAGCUGCCGGCGCCCCUCUCCUGGGGCGCGGUCAAGGGGCUCCUCCUGCGCAACCUGCGCUGGUGGGCCGCCCAGCCCGCCAUCUUCCAGCCCAACGGCAUGCUCAGCAUCGGCUACGCGUAUCCGAACCCCUUCCUCGCCGAGAACUACAACUCCCCCGGCAGCCCGUACUGGAGCAUGCUGGCGUUUGCGCCGCUCGCGCUGCCGCCCGACCAUCCGUUUUGGGCGUGCAAGGAGGAACCGCUUCCGCGCCUGGGCUUGUCGCCGAUAAGGCCGCUGCCUUUGCCCCUUCAGAUUGCGAGCUCCCGUGGUGGUCAUGCCUUGCUGCUUAGUAGUGGCCAGUCCUGCCAUUACCCCCUUCGCGCUACCCAGGCCAAGUACGCCAAGUUUGCGUACAGCGCCGCGUUCGCGUAUAGCGUGCCUACCGGCGCGUAUACCCUCGAGCAGUGCGUGCCCGAGUCGGCGCUCGCGGUGUCGGAUGACGAGGGCGAGACGUGGAAGAUGCGGCGGGUGGUCGAGGAGGCGAGGAUCGAGGAGCGGAGUGAUCCGGAUACAGCGUCGACCUACCCAGUCCUAAUAUCGACGUCGCGCCCCUACCCCUCCGUCACAAUAACGACGUACCUAGUGCCGCCUUCGUCACAGUCACCCUACUGGCACACGCGGAUCCACCGCAUCCGCACCGCGCGCGCGCUCCUCAUUGCCGAGGGCGGCUGGGCCAUCCACGGCGCGUCGGUCGCGACCGGGCGGGCUCUGGGCGCUUAUGACGGGCGGACGGGGGAGGGCGUGCUUGUGUGUAACCCUUCGCCCGCAACCUCCGAGUCGUCUUCCUCCUCCUCCCCCGCAGCACUGACCUCGUCCCCCCUCACCGGCGCGUCCGGGGUCCUCGCGCUGCGGCACCCGCAAACGCCAGAAAAAGGCCAGAUGCGCGCGGCCGUGCUGGCCGCGGACGCAAACUCCAACCUCGUGCACCCAAGGAGCGUGCUCCCGGUGCUGCGGGCGAGCUUGCCCGCUGGCACGUCGGCGUGGUACGUCACUGGCGUGUUUGGGCUGCCGGCUGGGGAGGAGGGGUGGGGCGAGCGCACCGGGACGCUGCACCACUGGCAGGAGCAGCGGCCGCGGGUGCCGGGGUGGGUGGAGGCGAUGAUACGGGCGGAUGAGGAGGAGGAGGAGGCGGCGGUGGGGGCGGCGGCGGGUGUAGGGGGUGCGGAGGCUUGAGGUUUGGUUUGGUUUGGUUUGGUUGGGUUGGUUGGGGUUGCGUUUGGGGUUGGGUUGAGUCUGAGUACCUACCUACCUACCUACUUGUGGAUAAACAUGAGUGAGUGAGCAUGGAUGAUUGCAGGAGGAGGUUGGAGGGGGGUGCCUGCCUACCUAGGGAAGACCGCACGUACGUAUGCGCAUACUGUAGGUACACACGCAGCCACGCCGACACAGCCGCACACGCGCCUCACCGCACGCCUGCAACCUUCCUAGGCCUAGACCCACGUACGUAAAAACAAAAACCCUCACCUA